AUGAACCGAGGGGCCUGUGGGAAGAUGGUGGCGGCUUCCUGGUUCAGUGGGAGUCUCAUAGCAGCGAUGCCCUCGGCUGGGACCUUCUCCGAGCCCUUCUGCGGUUCCGAGGAGGUCCCCCAAUUCUUCUGUGACUUCUCCUCCAUAAUCAAGUUCUCCUGCUCUAAAAUUCACAUCCCCUUCGAUGUGAUCUUAGCCAUCAGCGCCUGUCUUGGUAUCUUCUGCCUGGUUUGCAUCCUCGUCUCGUACGUACGCAUCUUCCGGGCCGUGCUGAGGAUGCCAGCCUCCGAGGGCCGGGCCAAGGCCUUCUCCACCUGUCUGCCUCACCUCAUCGUCACGACUGUGUUUUUCACUACGGUUGCCUUCGCUAAUUUAAAACCACAAUCGGGCUCCUGGCCUGCUCUGGAUAUGGUACUAUCUGUGUUCUACGUCGUGCCAGACCGAGACUCUUCCCAGAGCGGGGGCUCGUAG